AUGUGUUCGCUGGCCAGAGCAGCCUCGCGACCGCUCGCCCGGUGUCAGGUCCGAGCUACGCCGAGGUGGAUGCGGCAACUGAGCACCCAGACGAGCAGGCUUCCGACCGCGGCUGCGGGCGCGCGGCCCAGCGCGCAGCAUCGAGUGCAGCGCAUCGGACCAAUGUUGGCCGUCGGUGGCGUGCGCAGCAUCUUUAUUCAAACGGAAAAUACACCCAACCCGGACGCCCUCAAGUUUCUCCCGAACCACCGCGUGGUGCCGCCCGAGGUCGGGGCGCCCUUCAUUGAAUACCUCAACCCCCGGGCUACCAUCUCGCCGCCGCACCCGUCGCCCCUCGCCGCCAAGCUCAUGAACAUCGACGGUGUCAUGUCCGUCUUCUACGGCGCCGACUUCAUCACAAUCACCAAGGCUGGGGACGCCAACUGGGCGCACAUCCGGCCUGAGAUCUUUGCGCUCGUCACCGAAGCCAUCACGUCGGGCGAGACGAUUGUCAACGUGGCGGAACGCAAGGAUGGGAGCGAGGCGGUCGAGGAGGACAGCCUGGCAUACAACGAGGACGACGAUGAGGUGGUUGGCAUGAUCAAGGAGUUGCUGGAGACGAGGAUCCGGCCGGCCAUCCAGGAGGACGGCGGCGACAUUGAGUUUCGAGGCUUCGAGGAUGGCUACGUGAAGCUGAAGCUACGCGGGGCCUGCCGAACUUGCGACUCGAGCACCGUCACGUUGAAGAACGGCAUCGAAGGCAUGCUGAUGCAUUACAUCGAGGAAGUCAAGGGCGUUCACCAGAUAUUGGAUCAAGAGGAGGAGAUUGCGAUGCAGGAGUUUGCCAAAUUCGAGGAGAAGCUGAAGCAGCAGAAAACAAACCAGCCAACAGCUUCUGGUUAG